AUGCCGUCAGAUCUCUUGUGUUGUGAGGUUGUGUUAGGUAACCUUCGGGGAAGGUUAUGCUGGCAGAUCUCUUUUGUGUGUAAGAUUGUGAUGGGUAACCUUCGGAGAAGGUUAUGCAGUCAGAUCUUGUUUAUGCAGCAUGGCUAUGCCGCUAAACCUCGAGUGCAUGCUAACAUGGUGGUGCGUAAGGCCCAUAUGUUGAGUAUGACUCCGAUGUGGAAAGAUCACGGACGGCUGAGCCGCCAGAUCUUUCGAGGUUCGUGUGGGUACUCUUCCGAGGCAAGGGAAGCUCUGCCUCAGAACCGAGGGUGUAGUCAAGCGCAUUCUCGCACGUCAGAGCCCAACCGGAUUGGCAGCGUGGAGGCUGUGCAUAAAGGGAGGAAGACUCGGAGGAUAACCUGGUCAGCUGCCUUGGCCGAGUAUGAAGGUAACCUUUGGAACAUCUUUUACAAUGGGAUUGAUCAUAAAUACAAGCUUUCUCUCGAUACCGCGAGCAAUGGUAAUUUCAUGACCAAGUCGGUGCCGGAGGCAAAGCUUUUGAUUGAGAAUCUCGCUGCUAGUGAUGCCAAUGCAUGCCCUGACUACAAUAGAAGCGUGAAGACCACGAGCUCAUCAGAAUCAGCUCAAAUCUCGGAGCUAAGGAACAUGGUUUCACAACUACUUAAAGCCGGCAAGGAGUUCACGCCAUUGAAGAUGCCCUAG